UUCAAAAGGUUAUGUUUUAGGUUAUCUUUGUUUCAGUUGCUUUGGAAACAUGAAUAAAAAUUAUAAAAACAUGAAAUGGGAUACAAUUGCUUUGGAUGGUUUUCCCAUCUCUAUGACAGACAAUUUUCAAGGUUUCGUGGGCCUCGAAGAAUGUACUAGUUACGGAUUUGAUAAGGAAACAAAAAACUGCAUUAAAAAGAAAAAAGGUAAGAAACGCAAGAAUUUAAAGGUUGUGCUUGAAACACCAACAAAGCUGAGUGAAAGUGAAACACUUGAAGUACCAACAAAGAGAGUAAAAUUAAGUCAAGGAUUUACAGUUGAAAAUUGUGAUACAGUAACACCAUCCUUAUCAAAUAAAACAAGAAUCAUAAAUAGGGUUGACAACAGUAAAAAAGUUAAAAUAAAACUUGGAGAAGAUAUUACUGAGGUUGUGUCCGAUUUGACUCCUGAAGAUAUGUUGACUUGGGCUGAAUUUAAACUCCCUGAACCUAUAUUGAAAGCACUUAUGGAGUUGAACUUUAAAAAACCCACAAAAAUCCAAGAGCUGACCUUGCCAGCAGCUAUACAUGGUCGCAGAGAUAUCUUAGGUGCAGCUGAAACUGGGAGUGGCAAAACUCUUGCUUUUGGUCUGCCAAUACUCACUGGUAUUAUGAAAUUAAAGGAAAAAGCUGAUGCUGGUUUAGAUGUUUAUGAAAUACCAUACAAAAAGACAUCAGUGAAAAGAAAGAAUGAAGUGAAUAAAAUAUCUAAACAUGACAAAAAAGAUAAAUGCAAGAGAAAUAAAGAAAUUAAAAAAGAUAAAGAGUCAUCUGAACAUGGUUAUGGAAGUGGUGAUAGUGACAAUGAAGAUAUCAUUGAAGAGAAUACUAAUGCAAAAACAAAAAAAAGUAUUAAAAAUAAAAAUAAUCAAGCCAAUAAGGCUACAAAAAAACAAUCACCAAAAAUAAAUAAAAGAGAUAAAAAUGCAGCUAACGAAUUUAUAGAAGAGUUUGAUGUGCCUAUAAGAAAAAAACAAACAUCUGAUGAAGGCAUAGAUAGUGAUGACAGUGAUAAUUAUGUACAUCUCUCCGAGAUGCUUGACUCAGAUGAUUUAGCUGAUUCAAGUGAUAAUGAAUCUGUAAAUGAUGAUACUCAUACUGAUAAUAAUGAAGUAUCAGAUGAUGAUGUGUCUGACAGUGAUGUAGCGCUUAGUGAAGGUAGUAAUGAUGAGGAAGAAGGUAGUGAAUUUUCAAAUGAUGGAGAUUCUGAAGAUGAAAGUGAAAUGCACCAAAAUGAAGAAGGCAUAGGUUGCGUGAAAGUCAUAGACGAUGUGGAUAUACCUGGACAUAUUGUCGUAAAAACUGGGAAGCCAUUGUAUGCUCUGAUCUUAACACCCACAAGGGAGCUUGCUAUACAGAUCAGCAGGCAUUUAAUUGCAAUAUCUAAAUAUACAGGUAUAAGAGUAGCAACAAUAGUAGGUGGUUUAGCGCCGGUGAAACAGGAGAGGGUUCUGGCGCGGGGACCGGAGGUGGUGGUAGCGACACCUGGACGCCUGUGGGAGCUACUGCAGCAGGGGCAACAGCAUCUACAGCAGUUGGACUGUGUCAAGUUCCUAGCUAUUGACGAAACGGACCGUAUGAUAGAGCGUGGCCAUUUCGAAGAACUGCAGCCUCUGCUGGAACGUUUGAACUCUGAUGACACCAAGCGUAGCAGUCGUCAGAACUUUGUGUUUUCCGCUACACUUACCAUGGUUCACGAGCUGCCUACGCAUAUGAAGGGGAAAAAGGUAACAAAGAGAGGAAAAAUUAUAAAUAGAAAGAUAGAGAAGAUGACGCCUCAGCAGAAGAUCAAGAGACUAGUCGACAUGUUGGGUAUGACAGACCCCAAAGUCGUGGAUAUAACGGCACAAAAUCUAGGUACAUCGGAAACUUUAACAGAGAGUCGAAUAGCGUGCUCAUUGGAACAGAAAGACGCCUAUUUAUACUACAUAGCAAAAAACCACCCCGGAAGGACUAUAGUGUUUUGCAAUUCUAUAGGCUGUGUAAGAAGGUUGGCACAAUUGUUCACUUUGCUGAGUUGUCCUUUACUGCCUCUCCAUGCUAGUAUGCCGCAAAGACAGCGCCUGAAGAAUCUAGAACGGUUCAGGGAUGAUCCGCACGGGGUGCUGGUGGCGACGGAUGUGGCUGCUCGAGGGUUGGACAUCCCCAAUGUGGAUCACGUCAUACAUUACCAAGUGCCAAAGACUGCUGAGAAUUACGUACAUCGCAGCGGACGGACGGCUCGUGCCAACAAGGAGGGUCUUACCAUACUCAUGAUGGAGCCAUCCGAGGCAUACCUUUAUGCGAAGUUGUGUAAAACGCUCAACAAAACAUCCGAACUGCCAACGUUCCCGGUGCCCGCGCACGCUCUACCACCCCUCAAAGAGCUGAUGACGACAGCGCGAGAGGUGGAUGCUCUUCUGCUGAGGAGACGAAGAACUGCACAAGCGCAGGGCUGGCGAGACAAGCUGGCCAAGGAGAUGGACAUGAUCAUCGACGACGAUGACCUUCCCGUUCAAAACGUGGACCCUUCAAUAGAUAAAGCCUUGAAAUCCAAGAAGAGGCAGCUGGCGUCGCUUCUCUCAAGGCCCAUGUUUCCUCGAGGUUUCUCAUUCAAGUACCCAACAUUGAACGACCCAGCAAUGUUUGCCAAAAGUGAUGAUAACGCGUUGCAGGUAAUGAAGAAAGCCAUUCAAUCGGGAGAACUGAAAAAAGAGAAAAGAAAAAGCAAAAACGCUCCGCUACUGAAACUUCAGAAAACUUUAAGGAAAUAA